GUUCUCUUAUGUCUCUAUCUCUCUUGGCUCUCUUCUCUUUCCUUUAUAGCUUCCUAGUUUCUCCCACUUCUCACUUCCUUUUCCCCGAAUCUGAUAAUGUAAAUUCACAACACAGAAAUUUAAACAAAUCUGUUUAAAAUCAACCAAUCAAAACCCAACAUUGCUGUUUCUUUGCUUCUCAACAAAAAAAGCAAACCAAGAAUUUGCAAGAGAGAAAACAAGAAAUGGAUUUGUUCAAGAUCCUGCUUCUUGUGUUCUUCGUGAACAUAAGUUUCUGCUUCGCUGCAGAUCCUUAUUCUUUCUAUAACUUCGAAGUCUCCUACAUUACUGCUUCUCCACUUGGUGUUCCUCAACAGGUCAUUGCUAUAAAUGGAAAGUUUCCUGGUCCUACAAUCAAUGUUACAACCAAUGAAAAUCUGGUUGUUAAUGUCAGAAACAAAUUGGAUGAGGGACUUCUUCUUCAUUGGAAUGGAAUCCAACAGAGACGUGUUUCAUGGCAAGAUGGAGUUUUAGGAACCAAUUGUCCUAUUCCACCAAAGUGGAAUUGGACUUAUGAGUUUCAAGUUAAGGACCAAAUUGGGAGUUUCUUCUACUUUCCUUCUCUCCAUUUCCAGAAAGCUUCUGGUGGUUUUGGCUCCUUCAUUGUCAAUCCUAGAGCGAUUAUUCCAGUCCCUUUCUCGACUCCAGACGGCGAUAUUACCGUUACAAUUGGUGAUUGGUACAUAAGGAACCACACGGCUUUGAGGAAGGCUUUAGAUGAUGGUAAAGAUCUUGGAAUGCCCGAUGGAGUUCUUAUUAACGGAAAAGGACCUUACCGAUACAAUGAUACUCUUGUUGCUGAUGGGAUUGAUUUCGAAACAAUCACUGUCCAUCCUGGGAAAACUUAUAGACUUCGAGUGUCAAAUGUGGGAAUUUCAACAAGCUUGAACUUUAGGAUUCAAGGUCACAACUUAGUUCUUGCGGAAUCUGAAGGAUCGUACACAGUUCAACAAAACUACACAAGCUUGGAUAUUCAUGUUGGGCAGUCUUAUUCAUUCUUGGUUACAAUGGAUCAAAACGCCAGCUCCGAUUACUAUAUUGUUGCGAGUGCUCGGGUUGUUAAUGAAACCAUAUGGAGAAGAGUCACUGGAGUUGGAAUCUUACACUAUACCAACUCUAAAGGAAAAGCUAAAGGUCACUUACCGCCUGGACCACAAGACGAAUUCGACAAGACUUUCUCCAUGAAUCAAGCAAGAUCCAUCAGAUGGAAUGUAUCAGCAAGCGGUGCACGUCCUAACCCGCAAGGCUCGUUUAAAUAUGGUUCAAUCAAUGUAACCGAUGUCUACGUUCUGAGGAAUAUGCCGCCUGUGACGAUUAAUGGGAAGCGAAGAACAACUCUUAAUGGCAUAUCGUUUAAGAAUCCUUCUACGCCUAUUAGACUAGCCGAUAAGUUUAAAGUUAAAGAUGUGUAUAAGCUUGAUUUCCCUAAGAGACCUUUAACUGGACCGGCCAAAGUGGAGACUUCAAUUAUCAAUGGCACUUAUCGUGGAUUCAUGGAAGUCGUUCUUCAAAACAAUGACACUAAGAUGCAAAGCUAUCACAUGAGUGGCUACGCCUUUUUUGUGGUCGGUAUGGAUUACGGAGAGUGGACAGAGAACAGUAGAGGAACAUACAACAAAUGGGAUGGUAUCGCCCGCUCCACUAUUCAGGUGUAUCCAGGGGCAUGGUCAGCGAUCUUGAUAUCAAUGGACAAUCCUGGAGCUUGGAAUCUAAGAACAGAGAAUCUUGAUUCUUGGUAUCUUGGACAAGAAACUUAUGUUAGAGUGGUUAAUCCAGACGAAAACAACAAAACCGAAUUCGGGCACCCUGACAAUGUUCUUUACUGUGGUGCUCUCAGCAAACUACAAAAGCCACAGAAGAUUUCAUCAUCGGCGUCGAGAAGCAUUGGAUUCACAAGUCUUUCAAUGGUGGUGAUGGCUUUGGUGAUGAUGAUGAUGAUUCAGCAUUGAAAUGUAAUUUGAGGGUUUGUUGUUAUUUGAUAGGGUUUUGUUGAUAUCAAACCAGAGAUGAUGAUUCUUCUUCUUUACGUUUCCACAGUUCUCUUCUAGUUGGGGCUUGUUGGAUUUCUCUGACUUGUUUAUUUUUCUUUCUUUUGGAUUCCAUCUGUUGUUUUAUUCUUUUUUCCCGGGAUUUGUUUAUUUGAGAAGAAGAAAAACAAAUAUUCAUUAAAAUGUUUAAAUUUGUUCUAAUUAAGCUUCUCUUA